AAGUUUCAUAUCCUCUCUCAAAUACUUAAACACUUUCUCCACCUAUUAAAGCUUCCUUCCAACAAAGUGGUAUCAAGAGCUUGAAGGUCCUCCUAAAGAUGGCGAAUAAUGGUGUUCCUCUCCAAGUCCCGAUGCUCACAAAGAGCAACUACGACAAUUGGAGUCUGAGAAUGGUGGCUCUCCUUGGCGCACACGACGUGUGGGAGAUAGUCGAGAAAGACCUUGUAAUCCCGGAGAAUGAAGGUACUCUAUCUCAAACUCAAAAGGAUAGUUUGAGAGACUCAAGGAAGAGAGACAAGAAGGCUCUCUGUCUAAUCUAUCAAGGAUUAGAUGAAGACACGUUCGAGAAGGUCUCGGGAGCAACGACGGCUAAAGAAGCAUGGGAGAAACUUCGAACUUCUUACAAGGGAGCCGAUCAAGUAAAGAAGGUACGUCUCCAAACACUAAGAGGAGAGUUUGAAGCUUUGCAUAUGAAAGAAGGUGAACUUAUCUCUGAUUACUUCUCAAGAGUUUUGACGGUUACUAAUAAUCUAAAAAGAAACGGAGAGAAGUAUGAUGAUGUAAGAAUCAUGGAGAAAGUUCUUAGAUCGGUAGAUCCAAAGUUUGAGCAUAUUGUCACUGUCAUCUAA